CCCCUACCAAACACCCCUCCCUUCUCUCUCUUCUCUUUCUCUCACUAAAAACCUUAAAAAAUGGCUUUUUCCCAUACCAACCUUAUUCUCUCCAAAACCUCUCCCCCAAUUUCCUUUGUCUUCCUCUAAAAUUUAAUUUCCCUCUCCUCCUCCUUUUUCACUCCCUCCGUUUUUUAAAGAUCUUCGAACAGUUUUCUCUCAUAAAAAGAUUCCAUACAGGCCGGAACAACAAAAGAAAACGGAGGGAGUAAUUAAUAUCGACGAUGGGUGGAAAUUUUCACUUGCAUCUACCCCACAAGAAACAACAACAAAACCAAGGUUCAUCAAAGGGUGGAAUUGGAAUUCCUAAAGGAUGUUUAGCCAUAAAAGUUGGACACACUAAUGAAGAACAACAAAGGUUUGUAGUACCUGUUGUAUACUUUAAUCAUCCUUUAUUUAUGAGACUUCUUAAAGAAGCUGAAGAAGAGUAUGGUUUUGAUCAAAAGGGUACCAUUACAAUUCCUUGCCAUGUGGAGGAGUUUCGUUACGUUCAAGAUUUAAUUGAUCGUGAAAAAUGCCUUCAUCAUGAUCAUCACCAUCAUCAUCAUCAUCAUGAACAUCAUCAUCUUCCUAAUCCUCUUGUGGGUUGUUUUAAGGCUUGAUUUUUUUUUUUUUUUUAGUUUAGUUUCAUCCAACGGCUGUGAUCUUCUCUUGUAAAUUCCGUCAGCCUGUUUAUUGGAUUAGGUUUUUUUUAGGGUUAUUUAGAGGGAGAAUGGGCGGAGUACAUGAUAUACUAUCAUGAUGUUUUCAUCUUUAUGAUUAUGAUAUGAUUUAUGAUGACGAAAAUUUAACA